UCUCUCACCAAAAGCCAAAAAUCUCUAAGCUAAAAAGUUCUGUAACUCUUCUUGUUUUGGGGGCUUUCUUUUCUUCUCAGAAAAAAGGAGGAAGAAGAAGAAGAAGAAGAGAAGAAAGUUCAUACUCAUAGAUAUAUAGAUAUAGAUAUAUAGAUAUAGAGAGAGAAAUAUAUAGUGUUUUACUAGUUUGUUUGGUAUUUGUGGAAAGUGGAAGCCAUGGGUUGUUUCCCUUGUUCUGGUGAUCCAUCUAUGAAGAAACGAGAAAGAAAGAGAAUCCAAGCCAAUAAUCAAUACAAAAGGGAUGAUCAACCAAACCCCAAAUCAGAUACACUAAAGGCGAGUGAAAAUAAAGUUGUGAAGAAGGAAGAGCCUGAAAAUGCAAACCAAUCUAUUACUAGGAUGGAUGGCAAUUGUAGUAGUAGCAUUCCCCGAGAUGGGGAAACUGAUGGAAUUAAAAUUAAUGGAGUGAAUAGGGCACGGGCGUUUAAAUUUAAUGAACUGGUGGCGGCAACAGAAAAUUUUAAAGCAGCCUACUUCUUGGGUGAAGGAGGCUUUGGCAAAGUAUACAAAGGUUUUUUGGCAGAUAGUGGUCAGGUUGUAGCCAUCAAACAACUCAACCCGGAUGGAUGUCAGGGCAACAGGGAAUUCAUUGUGGAAGUACUCACUUUAAGUAUGGCUGACCACCCCAAUCUUGUCAAAUUAAUUGGUUAUUGUGUCGAGGGACAUCAUAGGGUGUUGGUCUACGAGUACAUGCCUCUUGGUUCAUUAGAAGACCAUUUACAUGACCCUUGGUCAGAUAAAAAACGCCUUGAUUGGAACACCCGAAUGAUGAUAGCUGCAGGUGCUGCAAGGGGCUUGGAGUAUUUGCAUGACAAAAUGAAACCGCCUGUUAUUUAUCGUGACUUGAAGGGCUCUAAUAUUCUACUUGGAGAGGGGUACCAUCCAAAGUUAUCUGAUUUUGGCUUGGCUAAAGUGGGUCCUCUUGGAGACAAGACCCAUGUCUCUACUAGAGUGAUGGGCACAUAUGGAUAUUGUGCACCAGAUUAUGCUAUGACUGGCCAACUGACAUUCAAAUCAGAUAUUUACAGCUUUGGAGUUGUUCUUUUGGAGAUUAUUACGGGCAGGAAAGCAAUCGACAAUGCUAGAUCUGCUACCGAGCAAAACCUUGUUGCUUGGGCGCGACCAUUGUUUAAAGACCGGAAGAAAUUCCACCAGAUGGCAGAUCCUGUACUAGAAGGUCAUUAUCCUGUGAGGGGUUUAUACCAAGCUCUUGCAAUUGCUGCAAUGUGUGUCCAGGAGCAACCUAAUAUGCGGCCUCUCAUUGCUGAUAUUGUCACUGCUCUCAACUACCUUGCCUCCCAAAAGUAUGACCCUGAAGCCCAGCCUCCCCAACGAUCGCGUAAAAAUUCUUCUUCUAGAAAAUCAAGAUCAAUAGAUGAUCAAAAUACCCCCAUUAACGUUGAAGGUCAUAACAGAACGAGAUCAAUAGAUGAUCAAAAGUGCCCCAUUAACAUUGAAGGUCAUAACAGAACGAGAUCAAUAGACAAUCAAAAGAGCCCCAUUAUCGUUGAACAUCACAACAGAACAAAUUCAGAGGGACUAAAUUGAAGAACCAAAUUGGUGCCCCUCCUACUGCUGGUAUUCUCAUCCAACCUUUUCGGGGUUUAAGCUAAUAGAAAAACUUGCCUUGUUAUCAAUUUUUGUGUCACAUGAUAACAGGUGCAGCACAUAUUCUAACGUAUUAUAAACAAAUAUUCUCCUUUUGCAUUUGUGUAAAUGGAAAGGGUAGUUAGUUGUGUAGAUGCAAUAUGAUUUUUCAAAGGUAUAAAGAUGAAAGUUAGAUGAACUAUUUCACUUGAUAGGAACAUGUUCUUCUUCAUCUUGUUGUAGUUGAUUCUUCUUUUCUU